AGAAAAGGCACUUGUCUCUUUCCCGACUACUCCCUCCACCUUCGAUACCUUCCUCUCUCACAUACCCACUUUCUUCUGCGCUCCGCCGCUUCUCCACUGCUGCGCGGUUCGCCACCAUCACCACCACCACCACAACCAGUGCUCGUUUCUGUCACAUCAGGUUUUCUAAGAAAUGGAGAAAGAGAAUUCCGGCAUGGAUAUUUCAGUUGGAGAAAAAGUCGUACCUGAGCCCUCGGUUGAUUGCAAUGAAGUGACUUCAAACCCUAAAAUUGUUAAUGGGGAAAAUUGUGAAGCUGUAGAUGAUGAUAAUGAUGGCGAAGAACCGUCGGCUGAACAAAAAGGAGAAGUUGCUAAGAAAAAGAAGAAGAAAAAUAAAAGCAAGAAAAAGAAAGAAGCUCCCCAACAAACCGACCCUCCUUCGAUUCCUGUUUUUCAAUUUUACCCAUCUGGGGAGUUUCCGGAGGGUGAAAUUCAGCAGUACAAAGAUGACAACUUAUGGAGGGUGACUUCAGAAGAGAAGAGAGAGUUGGAGCGUCUACAAAAGCCCAUUUAUAAUUCAGUGCGCCAAGCUGCUGAAGUUCAUAGACAGGUUCGAAAGUAUAUCAGGAGCAUUGUGAAGCCAGGGAUGUUGAUGACAGACCUUUGUGAGACUUUGGAAGAUACAGUUCGUAGGUUGAUAUCUGAAAAUGGACUACAAGCUGGCAUUGCCUUUCCUACUGGUUGCUCUUUGAAUUGGGUUGCUGCCCAUUGGACACCCAAUUCUGGAGAUAAAACCGUGCUAGGGGAGAAUGAUGUGAUGAAAUUAGAUUUUGGAACUCAUAUCGAUGGAUAUAUUGUAGAUUGUGCUUUUACAGUAGCAUUUAACCCUAUGUUUGAUCCACUACUAGAGGCUACACGUGAAGCAACCAAUACGGGGAUCAAGGAAGCUGGAAUUGAUGUGCGUCUCUGUGAUAUUGGGGCUGCUAUCCAAGAAGUGAUGGAGUCAUAUGAGGUUGAAAUUAACGGCAAAGUUUUUCAAGUUAAAAGCAUCCGUAAUCUGAAUGGACAUAGCAUUGGCCAGUACCAGAUCCAUGCUGGAAAGUCUGUGCCUAUUGUGAAAGGUGGUGAGCAGACAAAGAUGGAGGAGGGAGAAUUCUAUGCUAUCGAAACAUUUGGAUCAACAGGUAAAGGGUAUGUCCGAGAAGAUCUGGAGUGCAGCCACUACAUGAAAAACUUUGAUGUCGGGCACGUUCCAUUGCGUUUACCUAGAGCGAAGCAACUGUUGGCGACAAUUGAUAAAAAUUUCUCUACUCUAGCUUUCUGCAGGCGGUAUUUGGACCGUCUUGGCGAGACUAAAUAUUUAAUGGGACUAAAGAAUUUGUGUGAUGCUGGCAUUGUUCAGCCCUACCCUCCUCUAUGCGAUGUGAAGGGAAGUUAUGUGUCUCAGUUCGAACAUACGAUCUUACUUCGUCCUACUUGCAAAGAAGUUGUAUCAAGAGGUGAUGACUAUUGACAACACAACGCGUGUUGGAGCUAGAUGCUGGUUAUAUAACUUGUCUUUCAGAUUUUAUCGACUUCAUAAUCCCCACCUGUUAGUUAUAUUCCUGAUUUGUUCCUUGUUGAUACAUAUUUCCACAACCACUUUGAUGUUAUAGUUUACUAGUGGAAUAUAUUAUGCCUCUGAAUUUUUGGGUAUGGUUGAGUUACCUUUCCGUCGUCUUGUAAUACAAAUUGGAUGAGUUUGGAUUUGA